UCUCCCCUUUUGUGUGAUGCAAUCUUUGCUUUUCCUGUAUGCAAAAUUUUCAUAAUCCUUCCUAGCGAAUUUCUAGUUGACGGAGAUUUGAAACAAAAUGCCUUAAUAAAAAACCGUAAAUUACGUUUAAGAAGAUCAUACGAAUAGAGUUCAAAGUUCAUUAAUUUGAUCGGAAUUUCGAACAAAAAUGGAAUUUCUCAUCGACUGAAUCCACAUUUACUGGAUAAUGGAACUUACCAUUAAUAUAAACAUAGACCGCAAUACUGUUAUUGUUAUGCUGGGUACUAACUUAUGGAAAUUCUCACUGACUGUAAUCUUAGAUGAUAAUUUAAUUUCCAUAAUAAAUUUUGGUAUAAAAUUAACAAAGUAUUUAAUAAAAAUUGUUUUAGAUGAUAACUUUACUUCCAUAACUAAAGCUGGAUUAAAUGCCAUUACAUUUGUACUAAAUUCGAAUUGGGACGAAAGUAUCAUUUACGUUAUCAAAUUUAUUCUACGUUUAUGGAAAUUAUUAUUUAUUAUCAUUUUAGACGAUAAUAUAAUUUGUGUAUUAAAGUUUGCUUUAAAGUUAAUAAGAUGCUUUUUAUUAAUUAUCAUGGACGAGAAUGUUGUAGCAGUCUUCAGGUUUAACGUCAAGUUAUGCAAGUUACUUAUACUCUUAAUGCUAGAUGAAAAUAUACUUUAUUUACUAAAAUUCAGCGUAAGAAUUUCGCAAUUAUUUGUUAAUCUCAGCCUAAAUGAUACCUCCAUUUCCGUAAUCAUAUUCGCCAUUAAGCUAUGGAAAUUCUUGCUGAUUCACGUGCUAAACGAAAAUAUACUUUCAGUAUUGAUACUUUGCAUUCGUUUAUGGAAAUUUCUACUCAUGUUAACAUUCAAUGAGCAAGUAAUUUACAUAGUUAUGCUUAGUACAAGAUUAUGCAAUGCCCUAUCACCUAUAGUAUUGAACGAGAACAUAAUUUCCAUAACUAUGAUCAGCAUCAAGCUAUGGAAAUUAUUACUGAAUUUAAUCUUUGAUGAGAAUAUUGUCAGCGUUAUACUCUUCAGUUUCAAUUUAUUUAAGAUUUUAUCAUCAUUAAUACUGGAUGAAAAUAUAGUUAUAGUAUUAAUGUUUGCUGUUAAAAUAUGGAAAUUAAUGAUAACAUUAUUCUUCGAUGAGAACAUGGUUUUCGUAAUAAUUGUCUGGUUGAGAUUAUUAAAAUUGUUAAUAACAUUAUUACUAAAUGAAAAUACAAUUAAUACUAUAGGCGAAGCAUAUUUUUUAGGUGGCGAGAAGCAGAGAGUAGCUAUUGCUCGUGCAAUUUUAAAAAAUUCACCAAUUUUUAUUUUUGAUGAAGCUACAUCAUCAUUAGAUUCAAUAACUGAAAAGAAAAUCAUGGCUGCAUUACAUAGAGCUUCAUUAGGAAGAACAUCAGUAUGCAUUGCACACAGACUUUCUACAGUAGUGGAUGCAGAUGAAAUUCUUGUCUUAGAUAAAGGUGAAGUUAAAGAAAGGGGAAACCAUCAGACUUUAUUAUCUGAUACCAAUUCACUUUAUGCGCAAUUAUGGUAUACUCAGCAUCAACCUGAUCAUCCUAUGUUUGUCAAACAAAGUGGAAAUAAUAACAGUGAUGCAUCCUCUACUAAGUAGUAAAAGAAAAAUAAUGUGAUUGUGAAAAUAAGUAAGAAUAGUGAUAAAUAUAAUAGAUUUUAUUUAAAACUUUUUAUUAAGUAAUAUAGCAAAGUGGUCAGUCAUCAUCUAAUCUAAUAUAUUAUAAACAUGGUAAGAUUUAAACUUGAAAU